AGUAUGAAAAAUGGGGAUGGGAUGCAUUUGAAAAGAACUUUAUGGAUACACAUCGACUGAAUACCAUUUGUCAAUUACAGGUUCGCUAUAAAAAAAAAAAAAGAAAGGUGAUGACUGACUUGAUCAUUUUUUUUAUAGAGAGACCUGAUGGAACGUGGAUGGUCAUUGCUGUCAAAAGGUGGUUAUAUGGUGUACAGUACAUGUUCUCUGACCAUCAAACAAAACGAGGAAAAUGUAGCAUGGUUUAUAAAACAACAUCCAGAGGCGAUAUUGGAAGAAAUCCCUUUGGUAUCCGAUCUUGAUAUUCCUUUGGCACCCAUCAAACAAAUCAACGACGAUAAACAACAACUCUUGGAAAAGUAUUGUGUACGAUUUGAUCCUCUUAUUAGUCGUACAAGUGGUUUCUUUUUGGCAAGAUUUAAGAAAAUGAUAUAGAUUUUGUUAUAUAAUGGAUUAGAUUUUAGUUGGAC